CUUUGCGAUCGUACGAUUCUGUACGCAGUGGGAGAGAAAUCGGCGCCGACGUCGACAUCUGCUGGCGCCGACCAGAAGCAACUCAAGAACCAAAACAUUGGCGGCGCCCUGACCCGAGUGACGAUGUCAUGCUGGUACCAAGAAAACAUCCGAGGUCAGAUGCUGGAGUUGAGAAUCGAGGAAAAAAAUUGCGAGAAUGGAGAGAAAUGCGAGGAGUUCAUUUCUAAGGUUCGCAAUGACAGAAGGCAAUACGGAUUCAUGUUCGGAUUGACUUCUGCAAUUGUUUGCCUUAUUAUGUCAAUAUACCUGGCCAUCCCAACCCGAUUCACGGACUGCUUCAGUUUACUGUGUGCUUUUUCGUCACUCUCCUUCAUUGCUCUCACUUCGGGGAAACUUUUCUUCAGAGUUUCGAGUGAAACAGUCACUUACGUGCCAUCGACUGGAAUUCAGCACUCAAUUCAGUUUAAAUGCGGAAUAAAAAGCCACACUUUCAUUCCUGCAAAAGAUUUCUCUGGAGUGAUUAUAAAUGAAGAUAUUGGAUGGGAUCAUGCAUUUUAUUUGGCAGUUCUUUUGAAAAACUCGGCUUCAAAUCAGAAACUUCUACCGCUUUUUAAGAACACAUCCCCGAGGCUUGCUUUCAUUCAGAAAGUUCAUAAUAGGAUUCUUUAUCUUCAGGACAAGAAUAAAUAGUUAUUUUUUGGUUCAUUUUUUUUUAUGAUCUCAAUAAAAUAUAAUAAAGCUUUGCAGUUAUAAAAUUUUUCUUUAUU